UUCCGUGUCGAGUGUCAAUGACGCGCUCUUUAAAAUAGUCCAUGCGACUUUAUGGACAAGUUACCUUCAUCUAAACACAGAUUUCCUAUAAGUUUUAUUCGCGCAGAUUACAAAGGGAACAAUGGGAGGGAAGAAUAAACAGAGGACGAAAGGAAACGUUCGGCCGUCCAGUAGUGGCCGCGCCGCUGAACUCCUGGCGCGGGAGGGUGGGGUAGUUCCAGGAUUUGUCGGUUUCGGAGUCUCUACAUCAAACGACCCUGGUUAUGUUCCAGCUGUCCAUGGUGCUGAGGACAUAGACAGCCUUGUUGAUGCAGACUUCCGCUUGGUUUUACGGAAGCUGUCAAAAAGAGAUGUUGUCACAAAGUUAAAGGCUGUACAGGAAUUUGGCGCAAUGUGUCAAGAAAGAGAACCAGAUGUAGUCAAAGGAGUGCUUCCGUACUGGCCACGAAUAUACUGCAAGAUAUCAGUGGACCAUGACCGACGUGUACGUGAGGCCACACAGCAGGCGUUUGAGCAGCUCAUUCUCAAAGUGAAGAGGAACCUCGCCCCAUAUCUGAAGAGCAUCAUGGGUCACUGGCUGAUCGCCCAGUGUGACACAUACACCCCGGCUUCCUCGGCGGCCAGUGUAGCAUUCCAGGCAGCAUUCCCUCUCAACAAACAGCCCGAGGCCCUCAGCUUCUGCAAGGACGAAGUUCUCUCUGUACUUCAGGAAAACCUGUUGAAAGAAACGGCAGACACUUUAAGUGAUCCUCAGAACGUGCCGGAGGAGGAGCGGGAGGCCAAGUACAUGCGCCUGCUGACCAGCUCGCUGCUGGCGCUGAAGAGGCUCCUCACACACCUGUCCCAGGCAGACCGUGACGCCCUUGGUGAGCGGCUCACGCAGCUCCUGGCCCAGGGGAAGUUCUGGAAGUACAGCAAACACAAGACCCCUCAGGUCCGAGGGGCAUUCUUUGAGGUGGUGGCGUGUCUGUGUGAGCUGGUGCCCCAGCUGGUCCAGACUGAGAGCCCGCGCGUCUGCUCCUCUGUGCUCCUGAGCAUCGACGACACUGACCCGGUGGUGUUGCCUGCUCUCUGGGCCGCCGUGCUGCAUGUGGUGUCAGGCAUCACGGACUGCUGGAGCCAUGUGAACGCCAGGAAAGGGGUGCUGCCCAAGCUGUGGGCCCUGCUGAAGGAGGGGGGCAAAGGCCUGGCCACGGCCCUGCACCCCAACCUGCUGCCCUUCAUCAGCAAGCUGCCCGAGGAGAUCACCACCCCCGCCCUGGACUUCUACACCACCCUCUUCACAAACAUCAUCCUUGGUCUCUCCAGCGAGCGAGCCAUGUCCAGCCCCUCGGAGAGCGCGGCCAUCAUUGUGGCCACCGUGGAGUGCCUGCGCUACUGCCUGGUGCAGCAUGCUGGGGAGGAUCAGGAGCAGAAAAGUGUCCAGAGCAUGGUCAUUGCUGACCAGCUGCUGCCACUGAUGGACAGGGCCCUGGAGACUACGUCCCUUCAGACUGGCCCUCUGUUUCCUCUGGCAGCUGACAUGCUGCUCUCCUGGGAGAAGAGGGCUACGCCCGCGUGCACCACGGAUGACCCGCCAGCAGGCACGGAGGCCACCUUCCAGCGGGCACUGUUGGACUAUUGGGAGGGCCUGGGGCGUCUGUGCCUGCGGCACGUGGACAGCGAGGAGCCUGACCGGAACGCACUGGAGGGCAUCGCCGCCCUGCUCCGGGUCACCCAGAACCCCGAGUCCGGCUCCUGGAGGCAGGGCAAGCGGAAGAAGAAGUCUGUCAAGAUCUCCUUCUCCAGCCUGGAUGCCAGGGAGCCCGGUGAGGGAGGAGAGGUAGGCGAGGAUGGGGUCCCCCAGGAGGCUCGGGCCCAGGAGCCCCAGCCAAAGGAGACUGCAGCUGGGCAGGAGUCGUCCGGGUCACCUCCGCAGAGGACCAGCGGGCACCUGGUGGAGCUGGUGUGCCAGCUGGCGGAGGUGAACAUGGUGCACGUGACGGAGCGCGGCUCGGAGCGCCACCUCCACUUCCUGUCUAUGCUGCUGGGCGCCUUCCCCACGCGGCAGGUCUUCCAGGUGCUGCUGCAGCCAGAUGAGACGGCGGGGAAGGAGGCGGAGGGGAAGGGCCUGGGCCUGGGGGAUGCGGAGCUGGCCCGCAACCCUGCUGUGCGGUUCCUCCUCCUGAGGGUGGUGGACUGGCUGAGGCAGGAGGGCAGGAAGGACACAGACUUCCUAGUGGACAUGGUGUUCAGUGCCCUGCACUGCUGCAGCUCCAGAGAGGAGAAGACGCGCAUCCUCAACCACAUCACCACGAUGAACCUGGAGUGGGGAGUCAUCCUACAAAUCAUACAGAAGGCCUCUGCUGAUGCUGUGUGUAUUGAGGAGUACCGUGGCUGGCUGAAGGGCUCUGUGCUGGGCGAGUGUCUGGUGGGUCUGGCUGCAGUGCUGUGUGCGAGGGGUCUGCGUGGAUCCUCCUCCUCCUCCUCCUCCUCCUCCUCCUCCUCACACACACACAGCUGGGCACUCAUCAGCCUGGUGCUGUCUCACCAGCACAACAACGAGACCCUCAUAGGGAAGGAGUAUGUUGAGAAGAUCAUCGAUAAACUUCAUGCCACGCUGUCCGAGGCCAAGGGCAUGUCGGACGCGGGCAACAUGGAGCCGCUGGUGUCGUUCAUCUCGGACGUGGCGGCCAACUUCUUCUCGUCGGUGAAGGGCUGUCUCCUGCUGGCCUCGGCUGAGGAGCUCCUGCUCACCGUCUUCCAGCUGUGUGCCCAGGACCAGAGCAUCACCUGUCUCUCAGACACCCUUCUCCAGAAGCUGAAGCAUGCUUGCUUUGCUGGCGUUGGCUCCCUGGUGAACCUGCAGGAGUCGAAGGUGGUGGAGGGCUCCUUUCUACAGAGUGUGGCCCUGUGGGUGAAGACCCAACUCAUCAGCUCCUCACUGGGGGUCAAAAGUCUCCAGGUUCUGGUGCAGGCGGUCCAGAGCCUGGUGCAGCACCUGUGUUCGGUCCAGCAGAGUGGACGCCAGCUCCUGUCCCAGUUCAUCCACUGCCUGAGCCUCUCUGAGGAGGAGUGGAGGAAGACCAGGCAGGCCCUGCCUCCACAGUGGGUGAAGAGUCCCCUCCUCUCUGGGAGGCUGCGGGCGUCAUGUGCCUACCCCUGUAUGGACGCCUGGAAGUUCCGCACAUCCGCCCGCCUCCCCGCACACCUUUGUGCCUCCGCCCUGCUGGGACAGGUCAUCUGCACGGCAGCCGAGGCCACCAGUGGAGAGGGCGACGCCCAGGACCCCGCCAGCGCUCUGGAACUGCCGGCGCUCAAACACACGGUUGCCGAAAUCCUGUAUGCUUUCCAGUGGUGUUCCGAGAUGGAAUACUCUCCUUCCGUUGUUUCUGACUUCCACAAAAUGCUCCAAGAGUGGGACCUCAUCACUAGAGUACACAAAAUUAGCCCUCAUCUAUUACAGACACUGUUCACAAGGUCUCUGACUGAGGGUUCCCUGUGGGCUUUGACGCUCUGUAGCUACAUUCAGACUGGAGAUGUGACUCCUGCUGACAUCCAGAGCCUCUAUGGGAAUGUGGAGAGCUUUUUCCCUCUCACAGAGAAGAGUGUAAACACGCUGCAGGUGUUGUGUCCAUCCCUGUCCAGGGAUGAGAGAGAGUCUCUGACCGCUCUGUCCAUCGCUGAACUGCUCAAUUGGCAGGACGGCAACCACAAUGUGUCGGCGAGUAUCGCAGUCCUGCACUGCUGCCUGGGGGCGGACACCCCUGUAGAGAAUGAGGUGCUGCAGGCUGCCCUGGCCACCAUGAUGGAGUGGCGCAACAGUAAAGAGGACUGGUUCCUCUUCAGCAGUGACCUGGGAAAAGUGUCUGCUGAAGAUCUGUCUUUGACGGUGGAAAUGAUGCGUUUCCUGUCCUGGCAGAUGAGUCAUUCCCCCACCAUCCUCCGGGAGGCGCAGUGGGACUUCCUGCUCUGUUCAGUGCUCGCCUGGUUAGAGACAGCCAGUGAGAACACUGCCGUGUUCUGGAACCCCUGGGUCCAGCUGUUUGUAUGCGAGACGUGUGAGCUGAUUGUACGACUCACUGCGUUCCUCACAGCACCCCCUCCUGGUGUGGUGGAGCAGCUGCCUCCGGAGCUGUGUACUGAGUGGCAGGAGUUCUUCUCCGAGGGCAUCAACAGCCUGCUCCUGCCCCUGCUUGUCAAAAUUCCAGAGGUGUUCCGGGAGCCGGACGACCCGCUGUUCCCGCUGGCGGCGGUGCGUGCGGUGGGGGAGGCGCUCACCCACAUCCCCGUCCAGCAGCUGUUGGAGAAUAAGCUGCCGGCGCGGCUGGUGGCCGGCCAGCGCAGCAACCUGCCCGACGUCCAGCAGACGCUCCUCAACACGCUCACGCCACUGCUCCUCUUCAAGGCCCGCCCGCUGCAGCUCAGCGUCUACCACAUGCUCAACAAAGUGAUGCCCCAGCUUCCUGAGAGUGACACUGAAAGUGACAACAGCAAGUCAGAAGAGGACGAUGGGGAGGAGCCAAGCCUGUCACCCCCAGCCGCUCUGAUGAGCAUCCUGACGGCCACAGAGGAGCUGCUGGAGAACAUUCUGGCUGGUGUGCAGGUGGGCGAGUUUGCCGUGGUGCAGCCGCUCAGCGUGGAGCACUGCUGCAUUCUGGGAUACCUGCUGGCCUGGAAGCUCCUCCUGACCUUCUUCAAGGCCUCUCCCUCGAAUUUGCGUGUCCAGUACUCCCAGUACCUGAAGAAGAGCCGCUCACUGCAUCAGCUGCUGCUUCACCUGUUCCGUCUCAUGCCUGAGAACCCGGUUCUCCCUGGACAAGGAACCGAGGCCAGCAGCAAAGAGUACAAGACCUUCUUCACUGAGCCGAUAUCCCUCUCAGUGAGCAAGGUGGACUCCAUGCAGUGGGAGGUGCCCCACCUGGCAUGCUCGGUGUACUACGGUGCGCUGAAGGACCUGCCUGCCAUGGUGCGCCUGUGGUGGAACAGCCAGGAGAAGCGCGUGGUCAGCACCGUUGACCGGUUCACCAGCCGUUACGUGAGCAGUGUGCUCUCAGCGCAGGAGAUCGCCUCCGUGCACGCUAGCACACAGACUUUCGACAGCAUGACGGUGAAGGCCCGCACCACCACCCGGGAGGUGAUCGCCACCUACUCGGUGGACGACAUCUUCAUCGAGCUGGUCAUCCAGCUGCCCCAGAACUACCCGCUGGGCUCCAUCUCUGUGGAGAGCGGCCGCCGUGUCGGGGUCGCCGUGCAACAGUGGAGGAACUGGAUGCUCCAGCUCAGCACCUACCUAACGCACCAGAACGGGAGCAUCAUGGAGGGCCUGGCGCUGUGGAAGAACAACGUGGACAAGCGCUUCGAGGGUGUGGAGGACUGCAUGAUCUGCUUCUCCGUUAUCCACGGCUCCAACUACUCACUGCCAAAGAAAGCCUGCCGCACCUGCAAGAAGAAGUUCCACUCUGCCUGCCUGUAUAAAUGGUUCACCUCAAGCAACAAAUCCACAUGCCCACUGUGCCGAGAGACCUUCUUCUAGUCCUUGUGCCUGCUGUACCAAGAGACCUUCCUCUAGUCCUUGCGCCAGCUGUACCAAGAGACCCUCUGUUCCUAGUGUCAGCUGUGCCAAGAGAUCUUUGUCUAGUCCUUGUCGUGGUGAAGACCCUUAAGGAACUGUAUACCUUUGAACAGAGAUGGACAAGGAGAGAAGAAAGAAUUGACUUGAAGAACCACAGAACAUUGACCCUCACAGGUCUUCAUAAGGUCCCCCGUCUAUUUUCCCCUCUUCAGGAUGAACCAGGGAUCAUGUCUGGCUCUGUUCCUUGUCAGCUAAGCAGAACUGCACAGAACACCAUGUCAACUUGUUCAGACGUCGUCAUGGCAACAGUUUUGCGUUCCUGAGCAAUUCUGAGAAUAAUGCUGACUUGAACAAAGUAAAUGAAAAAAAAAAUUUGAAAAGGUUUUGUUUCAUAGCCAGGAUGCUGAAUGGACAAAUGAGGUGUGUGUAUAGUUGCGUAACGGGUUCUCGUUUUUAAUUCAAUCAUGGAUCCAAAUAAAAGUGAUUAUCAUCAUAAUGCAAACUUGCUUUAUCUCAAAGAUGUAUAGUACCACUCACUUCCAUGGCUCACUGUUCAGUUUUACUAUAGAGACAUGUCAGAAACUCUUAGUUGAAACUCUUGCAGUCUCACCUAGUUUUUUGUACCAGAGGCAAUUUCCUAAAAACCUAGAAUUCCUAGAGAGCAACAAGCUUAUGGAAGACCAUGGGGUCAGAUCCAAGUUUUUACCAUUUAAUGUUUUAUUGUUAUUUUUUUGUUGUUAAUUGUUUCUGGACACAUGGCAUUAUUAAAUGGAAACAUGCUA